CUUAACCUCCUUCUUCUUCUUCUUCUUCUCUGAGAUAUUUCUCCUCCAUGGAGUUCGGAAGUGUAGUGCAGCACCUUGAAAACAAGGCCAUUUUGGUCACUGGUGCCACUGGUUUUCUGGCAAAGAUUUUUGUGGAGAAAGUGCUAAGGGUACAGCCAAAUGUGAAGAAGCUCUACCUUCUCCUAAGAGCCCCGGAUGCUAAGUCAGCCGCACAACGUUUUCGUAGCGAGAUCAUAGAGAAGGACUUGUUUAGAGUGCUGAAGGAAAAAUGGGGUAAGAAUCUUUCUUCUUUUAUCUCUGAAAAGGUAAGUGUGCUGCCUGGGGACAUCUCUCUUGAAGACUUGGGCUUGAAGGAUUCAAGUUUGAGGGAAGAGCUCUGGAAUCAAAUUGAUGUCAUUGUCAACUUAGCUGCAACUACCAAUUUUGAUGAAAGAUAUGAUGUUGCAUUGGGCGUCAAUACAUUAGGAGCUAAGCAUCUUAUAAGCUUUGCUAAAAAAUGUGUUAGAAUCCAAGUGAUUCUCCAUGUAUCGACAGCCUAUGUAUGUGGGGAAAAAGGAGGACUUAUAUUAGAGAAGCCAUUUCGCAUGGGUGAAACACUCAAUGGGACCCUCGGAUUAGACGUGGAAGCAGAGAUAAAGCUUGUGGAGGAAAAACUGAACGUCUUUCGAGCCAUUGGAGCUACUGAAAAGGAAAUUACGAUGGCCAUGAAGGACAUGGGCAUGGAAAGGGCAAAGGUUUAUGGAUGGCCAAACACAUACGUAUUUACAAAAGCAUUGGGAGAAAUGCUGAUUGGGCACCUGAAAGAAAAUCUAUCAGUGGUAAUCGUACGGCCCACCAUUGUAACCAGUACUUACAGAGAACCCUUCCCCAGCUGGAUUGAAGGUGUCAGGACUAUUGACAGUCUAAUUGUUGGGUAUGGUAAAGGAAAACUAAAAUGCUUCCUUGGGGAUCUUCAGGGAGUCAUUGAUUUGAUACCGGCUGACAUGGUGGUAAAUGCUAUAAUCGUAGCCAUUGUGGCUCAUGCAAAUCAGCCUUGUGAUAUAAUUUACCAACUGGGGUCUUCAAUAAGAAAUCCUAUGAGAAACAUCAAUCUUCAAGAUUUCGGUUUCCGUUACUUUACUCAAAAGCCUUGGAUAAGUAAGGAUGGAAAACCUGUCGUGGUUGGCAAGAUGUUAGUGUUAAGCAACAUGGAUAGCUUCCGCAGAUACAUGGCAAUUCGUUAUUUGCUUCCAUUAAAGGGACUAGGAUUGGUGAAUGCAGCAUUUUGUCAGUAUUUCCAGGGAAGGUAUCUUGAUCUCAGUCGAAAGAUUAACUUCGCGAUGCGAUUGGUGGACCUUUAUGAGCCUUAUUUGUUCUUCCAGGGCAUGUUUGAUGACAUAAACUCGGAAAAGCUGCAAAUGGCAGUAAGAGAGAGUGCUGCAGAUGCAGAUUUGUUUUACUUCGAUCCAAAGUGCGUGGAUUGGGAAGACUACAUGAUUAAUGUCCAUUUUCCUGGUGUGGUAAAGUACGUUUUCAAGUAAUACGUACCCACAACUGCGCUAUAGUGUAAUAGUAAUAUUGCGUUUCCAAAACGUGGAUUUGGAUUUUGAAAUAUAUAUUUGUGUUCUUAGAGCAAUUUAUCUUGUUAGUUUUGCUCUAAGGCUUGCAAUAUGAUAAGUUUAAGAACUUUUGUCAAGUGUAUCAAUUAUUAUAAUAUAAUAUUCUAGUAUAUUUCUACAGGAAUAUGAUGGGUUUGUGGCUAAUAUGAUAAGGUCAUAAAUGGAGAAACAUCUACUUUCGUUUUGUAAUU